AUGGCGGAUAUGAGAGCUGCGAUGGACGUCUUUCAUCAUUGGCUUGAGGUUACAUAUCCCGCUGAGAAGGAUGCCUUGCGAGCUGGUGGGUUCAAGCCGUUGCUUGGGAAGAAGGUCGUUGAGAGGUACUUGCCGAAGAUCGAGGCGAGUGAAGUUGUAGAUGAGGAAGCGAAGACGUUUGCGAAGCUAUAUGCUGGGCUGGGAGCGAGGAAGAAGUUGGGUAAUGUCCUUGUUGAUGAUACGAAGCCCACAGAGGCGGACUGGGAGAAGAGGAGGUAUACUGUUCUUGAUGGGUUGGUAGGGGAGGGUAAAGAGGCAGGGCAGGAUCAGUGGAAGCUUAGUGAGUUGUGGGAGGAUGACAGGGAGGCUUCUGGGGAGCAUUUGAGGUUGAUUGCGUGGGCUUGGAGUCCGGUGCCUGAGAAGAAGUUGCCGUGA